CCCGAGUCCUCUUCCUUUUGUUUCUUUCACUGCUCUUCUAGUUCUGCACUCUCGAGAAGUCGCCUUUAUUAUAUUUCCUUCUCUCCAAGCAAAAGAACCCAAACAAGAGCAAACCAUUCGAUCUACUCCAGAAACAUCUCCAUCUUCCCUUCCGGCACCGGAUUGACAUUUCAAAACAUUAACAAUGUCUACGUCGUAUCUUCCUGCAACUACCGAUUCAAUUGCUCUGGCUUUAGAAGCAAAAGCCCCAUCUGAAUCCAUUUCUAUCUAUUACCGCAUACUAGAGAAUCCAUCAUCUUCUCCUGAAUCCUUAAGGAUUAAAGAGCAGGUUAUCACAAAUCUCUCAGAUCUCCUAAGACAAGAAAACCGGGCCGAGGAGCUUCGAAGCCUUCUCACCCAAUUAAGGCCUUUUUUUGCCUUGAUUCCGAAGGCAAAAACUGCUAAAAUUGUUCGUGGGAUAAUUGAUGCAGUAGCUAAAAUACCAGGCACAUCUGAACUCCAGAUCUCACUUUGCCAAGAAAUGGUUAAGUGGACCCGUGAUGAGAAGCGAACUUUUCUAAGGCAGAGGGUUGAAGCAAGGCUUGCAGCUCUUUUAAUGGAAAGCAAGCAGUAUUCAGAAGCAUUAAGUCUCCUUUCUGGGUUAAUCAAGGAGGUGAGACGAUUGGAUGAUAAGCUUCUUCUUGUGGACAUAGACUUGCUGGAGAGCAAGCUUCACUUUUCUCUAAGAAACCUCCCCAAAGCCAAGGCUGCACUCACUGCAGCAAGAACAGCAGCCAAUGCAAUUUAUGUUCCUCCGGCUCAACAGGGUACUAUAGAUUUGCAGAGCGGGAUCCUUCAUGCAGAAGAGAAGGAUUACAAAACUGCAUACAGUUACUUCUUUGAAGCGUUUGAAGCUUUCAAUGCUCUUGAAGAUCCCCGAGCAGUCUUUAGCCUUAAAUAUAUGUUACUGUGCAAGAUUAUGGUGAACCAAGCUGAUGAUGUUGCAGGAAUAAUAUCAUCCAAGGCAGGGCUACAAUAUGUCGGGCCUGAGCUGGAUGCCAUGAAAGCUGUUGCUGAUGCUCAUGCAAAACGUUCUCUAAAGCUCUUUGAGAUCGCACUCAGGGAUUUCAAGGCCCAAUUGGAGGAAGAUCCGAUUGUUCACCGACACCUGUCUUCCCUCUACGACACAUUGUUGGAGCAAAACCUCUGCAGGUUGAUUGAGCCUUUCUCCAGGGUUGAAAUUGCGCAUAUAGCUGAUCUGAUUGAACUCCGUGUAGAUCAUGUGGAGAAGAAACUGUCUCAAAUGAUUCUGGACAAGAAGUUUGCAGGGACUUUGGACCAGGGUGCUGGAUGCCUUGUCAUUUUUGAUGAUCCUAAAACAGAUGCAAUCUACCCGGCGACAUUGGAGACAAUCACCAAUAUUGGCAGGGUAGUUGAUAGCCUGUAUGUCAGAUCAGCCAAAAUAAUGGCUUAAAGGUGUAAGACAUAAAAGACAGUUGCUCUUCCUUCCAAAAUGUCUCGUUGCAGUGAUUGCUUGACAGAAGGGUUCAUUUCCUCUUCUUCUUCUUCUGAUUAAAGCUGAAUAUGUUAUGGAGUAAUAUCUUAUUUGAAUUGAGUUCUUUCGGAGCAGGCUAUUUGUCUUUAGACUGUUUACAGAUCAGGCGGUGGUUUAUGUUUUUGAGAAAUGAACUUGGUUAUUUUCUCUUUGUUAGUUUGUAUUUCCUCCAUCCAUGAUCAAGUAUUAAUAUCCACACUUGUGGGAGCUUUAGAUUA